CUCUCUCUCUCUCUCUCUCUCUCUCUCUCUCUCUCUCUCUCUCUCUCUCUCUCCAGAAAAGGAAAAGCUCAAACAAUAAAAUAGAAAUUCAGGAACUUGAAAAACAAUAUAAUCAUUAAUAAUAGGCAGAUAUAAUAAUCGAUGGAAACAUCAUACGAAUCGGCCAAGUGGUCAGGUUGUAGCGCUCAGUUUCUGUGGGCAUUGCAGCCUGAGCCAUCGGAGUCGGAGUUUCAUGUCGGGUUCUCCUCUUCCUCCUCCGGCAAUUUCCCGGCUGAUUGCGGCGGCGAGAGGGCCGAUUCUCUGUCAAGGAGCCACCGCAUGGCGGAGAAGCGGCGCCGCGACCGUAUCAACUCCCACCUCGCCGCUCUCCGGAAACUUGUUCCAAACUCCGACAAGUUGGACAAGGCAGCUCUACUGGCAACAGUUAUACAACAAGUGAAGCAACUCAAACAACAAGCAACAGAAUCUCCCAUCUUCUCGGAUCUUCCAUCCGAAUCAGACGAAGUCACUGUCAACCUCAGCAACACUGUUCCAAACUUCGAAUCAGAUACCCAAGAAUGCAAAGGAGGAGAUAGGGUUCUUCUCUUCAGGGCCUCCUUUUGCUGCGAGGAUCGUCCCGAGGUGCUCUCGGAGAUCAUCCGGGUCCUCAAGAAGCUUCAGCUCGAGACCAUCCAAGCCAAUGUCAUCUCCGUUGGUGGACGAACGAGAAACAAUUUCGUCCUCAUGAAGAAAGGGUGUGGCUCUGAAGAGAAUAGCGCUGCUUCAGCCACCGCUCUGAAGCAAUCGCUAGGAGCAGUGUUGAGCCGAAUCACAUCUUCGUCGUCCACAACCUCGGUUUGUAGGAUCAGAAGCAAGAGACAGAGAUGGUUCCUGUCUUCCCAUUACUCACAAUGAGAAGAAUCAUUCACUGAUUCACUAUAUCGCCAUACACAGAUAUGUUUCACCAUACGAGUCUAUCAGACAAGACAACUGCUAAGAUUCUUCUGUAGCCAUUCAUGUUAUAGUUAACAUAUCGGUUCAUAAGGAUCCGACAACAUAA